AUGUUUUGAGGUUGUUCCAUUCAAUUUCAUAUCAGAGUUUUGUAUUUAUGAAGUAGACUCAAGCGGAACCAAAUGUCAUUAAUUAAAUUAGAAUGUGACAACUUCAAAAUUAAGGAGCUACAUUUUAAAAUUAAUUUUAAUCAGUUUCACACAAUAAAAAUCAUUAGAAAUCAUGGUAAUGGAAGGAGAAACCACCACUCUGAAAAGGAAUUUAACAGAAUGGAGAUUUAGUCAAUAUCCCAAAUAUAUAUUGUUGCCUAUUGAUGAAAAUCACGAUCAAAUUAAAUCAAACGUAAAAAAUGUGGUCUUUACCGAGGUGACCCCAAGGCCUCUCGAACGCGAUAUUCAUCUCGUGUGCUACUCAGAAGACACUCUAAUAAAUAUCCUAGACAUGGAUCCAGAUAUAGUCAACCGGGAUGAGUUUGCGGAAUUUAUCGCUGGUCGCAAACUACCCUACGGAGCGUUACCAGUUGCACACAGAUACGGUGGACACCAGUUUGGCUUAUGGGUUGGGCAAUUAGGAGACGGUAGGGCUCAUAUUCUAGGCGAAUAUGUGAACAGACAUGGUGAUAGAUGGCAAAUACAGCUCAAGGGAUCAGGACAAACUUCUUAUUCUAGAGUGCAUGAUGGUCGAGCUGUACUGAGGUCAAUGAUCAGGGAGAUGAUUGCGUCAGAAGCUUGCCAUUUCCUUGGGAUACCAACAACAAGAUCAGCUGGAUUAGUUGUGAGUGAAGAAACCGUGGUACGAGACAUGUACUACACCGGUAACCCUCGUCGUGAAAGAGCGGCUGUGUUACUUCGCAUGUCACCAAGCUGGUUUCGCUUCGGAUCUUUCGAGAUAUUGUCCAGGACUGGAGAGGUUACUGUGUUAAGGCAACUUGCAGAUUUUGUCAUAAAAGAAUAUUUCCCUGACAUCCAUUUGACAGAUGAAAAUCGCUUUAUCAGGUUGUUCUCCGAAAUAGCACAUCGCACUUUGGAUCUUGUAGCGAAAUGGCAAGGAUUAGGUUUCACACAUGGCCUCCUGAAUACGGACAACAUGAGCCUUCUGGGUGUUACUUUAAAUUUUGGUCCGUUUGGUUUUGUCGACUCAUAUGAUGGUGGUUUCGUGGCUAAUUGCUCUGAUGGGGAAGGACGAUAUGCUCUAGCAAAACAGCCAGAUGUAGUGGUAUGGAAUAUAGGACAGCUUGCGACUGCUUUAAAACCUCUGCUAAGUUCUUCACAACAAGUUCAUAUGUCGCACAUUCUGAAAACUUUGGAUACUUAUUGCAAAAAUAAAAUAUUAGAAACAUUUCUAAUGAAGGUUGGAUUGAAAGAAGAGCGCUGGGGUGAUGAACAACUAAUUGAAAAACUACUGGAUAUGAUGCAGCAGACUGGAGCUGAUUUCACGUCAACAUUUCGCCAGCUUGCCGAGGUUUAUAAGCUGAAUGAUAUAUUUUAUCUUCGAAUAUAAAUAUACAUUAUUAUUUUUUUACACGAGGCGCACCAAAUUACCUUACCCCACCUGAUGUUUAGAGUAGGUGGAGUCCAGUCGCGAAGGUAGACGAUGCGGCAAAAAGUGUGCCGCUCCAGUCAUCCUCAACUUGUCGACCUGCACCCAAUCCCCUACCCCGUGGAG